CGACGUGAUGAGAUGAUGCGGAACCCAUAAAUACGCACAAACUGGAGUAGGUACUUCGUAACCUGUCUCCUUAUAGAGAGCAAGUUUGAUCCAAUUAUCGUUUAGCUCGGCGAAGAGCUGAAAGACUAUCCCUUCUCAUUUAUGGAAUCUAUGGAAAGAUAGCACAGCCUACCAACAGGAGACUGCCUUAGGCACCCAAGUAUUCUGCACGUGUAGGUUGGACUACUUUCCUGUCCUGUGCGGCGCAGCAUGGAUCCAACUCCGCGAGACUACCUACCGGGUUGUCUGGGUUUAGGUACUAGGUAAUAUACUCAGAUAUCCGGAAUCGAGCCCCUUAUUCAAAUAGAAGCUCAAGUCCACGAUGCGUUUCAGAUAUUAUUGUGUCUUGUCAUCACAAGUUCAGACACUCGCUUGUCUCACCUUAAUAGCACACCCCCCUUUUCUUUAGCUGUUGUUUGUCUCGAGCUAUCGAGAUGAAGCCCACGAUGCAGACCAAUCUGUUCCUGGCCACACUCCUCGGCCGUCUUGCUACGGCUCAAACUCCCCCGAGCUUCGAUUGGGACUCCAUCAGCCCGUCGACUUCACUUGCGUACACGGACUGCUACGGUGCUUUCAAGUGUGCCAAGCUAUCUGUGCCGCUCGACUGGCUUGACGAAUCGUCAAAUGGUACCAACGGUACCGACCGUGUGAGCCUCGCUAUUCUCAAGCUCCCUGCUGUCGUCAAUGACACCGAUCCUACCUUUGGCGGCACCAUCAUCACCAACCCGGGCGGCCCCGGAGGUUCCGGAGUCGAGUUCGUUCUCUUAGCAGGAAGCAGGAUGCAAAGUGUCGCCGACGGCGAAAAACACUACGAGAUCCUGUCCUUUGACCCUCGCGGUGUUGGUUUCACUGAGCCCAAGAGCGACUGCUACAACGACGAGUUCUCACGUGCUGUGACCUCCAUCCAGCAGCGCUCCCUCGGCCCUCUCACCGGCGGCCUCGAGAUCAUCCGGCGCCAAAGAGCGCUCUACGACGCCUACGGGCGCCUCUGCGAGCGCGGCCCCGACAUCCACCGCUACAUGACCACGUCCAGCGUGGCGCGGGACAUGGUUGAGAUCAUCGACAAGAUCGACGAGCUUCGACAGAAGGAGGCUCAGAGCUCGGUGCCGCGCUAUCGUAGAGGAGCCUCGCAGCAGUUCCAGACGCGCCAGGAGAAGGACCUGCCCCGGAUCCAGUAUUGGGGAUUUUCGUACGGCACGGUCCUCGGAAACUACUUUGCUUCGAUGUUCCCUGGCCGUGUUGGCCGCAUGAUACUCGAGGCUGUCGUGGAUGUCCAUGAUUACUACAGUGCCGCCUGGGAAAAGAACCUGAUCGACACGGAGAGCGACUACAACACGCUCUUCACGACCUGCUUCGACGGCAAAGCCAACUGCGCCCUGUACCAGCCCACCGACAGCAGCGCCUCCGACAUCCGCGCGCGCUUCGACGCCUUCCUCGCCUCCCUCGACGCCACCCCCGCGCAGUACGUGUCCCCCGACUCCAACAACAUCGAGCAAUUCACGCGCGACGACAUCCUCGGCAUCGUCUUCUCGACCCUCUACCAGCCCCUCCUCUACUUCCCCACCCUCGCCUCGGGUCUCGCGCAGGCCAUGGAAGGGAACCUCACCGCCGUCUACCAGACCCUCACCCAGGUCCCGCGCUCGUCCGCGGGGUACUGCCCGACCCCCGCGCCGACCGAGUACACGUGGGCCAGCGACGCGCUCGCCGGCAUCGGCUGCGGCGACGCCGAGCCCCAGGCCGCGUCGACCGUCGCCGGCUUCGCGGGGUACCUCGGCACGCUCGAGGCGCAGUCGCCGCACUUCGCCGCCAGCUGGGCGCACAUCCACCUGACCUGCGACACGUGGCGCGUGCGCCCGGCGUACCGGUUCGCGGGCCCGUGGACGACGCCGGCGCCCACCGGCGCCAACGCGUCCGCCGAGGCCGGGAGGCCGGCGGCGCCGAUCCUGUUCCUGUCGAGCCUGCACGACCCCGUCACGCCGCGCGCGAACGCCGUCGCGAUGGCGGCGGAGCACCCCGGCGCCGCGGUGCUGACGCAGGCGAAUGCGGGGCACGGGACGCUGGAGGUGCCGGGGAAGUGCAGGGACGACUAUGUGAAGGUCUACUUGGCGACGGGCGAGGUGCCGCCGGCGGACACGGUUUGCGAGCCGGAUUGCGAGCCGUUUCAGCCGUGCGCGGAGUUGGAGGCGGGGGCGGCGGCGAAGAGGUCGUUGGGGAAGAGGGCGGGUGAUGGGGCGCCGGAGUGGCCGCCGAGGAGGCGGCUGCCGUUGAGUGUGGUGUAGAUACCUAGUAGAGGUGGAGGUGAUUGUUAAGGGGGUAAAGGGUAUGAGUUGGGUAUUGGGUAUCAUAGACGGGCUAAUUGGGCGCUUUGAAUGAAUAGGGAUGGGUGGACGGAUGGAUGGAAUACUUAUGAUGGAUGGGCAAACGUGUAAUUACGAAGCAGUGGAUAGAGAUAUAUACAGUUGAAAGUAC